AUGGUAAUUAUGGACAAGAAAGAAGAGCAAAUGUCAGGUAACGAUGAUGGGUCUCCUAAUUCUCAAGAAGUUCGUCAUCCUCAGGGAUCCAAUGCUGGUGUCCAGAUGCAAAUUCAGCAACAACAGCAAACUCAUAUGUCAAAUCAAGCACGAAAUCAGAGUCCUCGUCAACAUCAACGAUUCGAUCAUGGAACAAUUGUAGGUCCUGGUCAAGGUGGUCCAAGCGUGCAAGCACCAUCAAGCAUGGGUCAAAUGGGUGCUUCAAGUUCUCAUGGAAAUGGUUCUACAUCUUCUACGCAUGAUCUAAAGCAUCGUAAACUAAUCCAGCAGCAGCUCGUCCUUCUACUCCACGCCCACAAAUGCCAGAUACGAGAACGACAGGCCAAUGGUGAAGCACGGAUAUGUGCUCUGCCACACUGCAAAACUAUGAAAAAUGUUUUGACUCACAUGAAGACCUGCGAAGAGGGCAUAGGAUGUACGAUACCAUUUUGCAGUUCAUCCAGACAAAUUAUUGCUCAUUGGAGACAGUGUCAAAAGAGCGACUGUCCUGUUUGUUUACCUCUCAAACAAGCGGAUAGAAAUAAGGCUGCUAAUUCUCGUGCUGCUGUGGCAGCAAGUCAACCAAAUCCAAAUCCUGACAUAAGAAAACCAUUUGACACUAUGGGUAUAAUCCAGGGUCAAAAAACUACAUCUGGUAUGAUACCAAAUCAGGCAGUGGGCCGUGGUGUCAGGAUGCCUGGACCAGGUAUGCAAGGUCCUCCUGGUUCAAUGGCUGCAGGAAUAAGACUUGCACAGCCUCAAGCUCAACAAAGUCCUGGGCAAUCUAUAGUUAAUCAAGGACAACCAAUUGCACCUAAUGUAUCUCUUUCAUUAAGUUCCGAUCCAACGACGGUAGUCGUAAGUACUAAUCAACCAGCUUCAACGACGGGUCCAACGUCAGUUGUAGCAGCUGCAGCAACUGCCAAUCUUCAACAACAAGCUGUCAAUAUGCUUCCAGGUGGUUUUCAACCAGCACAAGCAACUAAAGAAUGGCAACGAACUGUGACGUCAGAUCUCAGAAAUCAUCUUGUUCAUAAACUAGUUCAAGCAAUAAUUCUAGCUCCUGAUCCACAAGCAACGUACGAUGAAAGGUUACAUAAUUUAGUGGCGUAUGCGAGAAAAGUUGAAGGUUAUAUGUAUAAAAUGGCUAAUUCGAGAUCUGAAUAUUAUCAUUUAUUUGCGGAAAGUAUAUAUAAAAUUCACCAGCAGCAGCAGUUACAGCAACAACAAGUUGGUACAUUAAUACUAAAUGCCGUUUCAACAAUUCCUCAAGCCCCAUCACCCUUGAGUACUUUACAGCAGCAAAGUAAUCAACAACAAUUUACCAAUACUCAACCAUUACCUGCUACUACACCCGUUGAUAAUGGAAUAUCAGUAAACACACCUCAAACAAUACCACCGGCAUCGAGUGGACCUAGUCCUGGAUCAUCACCAACAACAAAUGAUCCACAAUCGGUCGUCUCAACAUCUUCAACGCCUCAUAAUAAUAAAGGAAAAUUAGAUUCUGUUGAAAAAGAAAAUGUUAAAAUCGACUCAAAACAAGAAAACUGUUCUGAUAUUCAUAGAAUGGAUGGUGGAAAAAUCAUAAAUAAUGAUGUCUUCAUUAAAACAGGAAUAAAACAAGAACCAAUGGAAGAAUCAUCAGCAGAUGGUAAUAUUAAAGAAGAACCUUAUAUUAAAGAGGAACCAGUUAUACCAAUGUCAAGACUUUAUCAAGAUCCAAAGUCAUUAUGUAGACAAACCGUUGAUCCAUCAGCACUUGGUACCAACACCAUUCAAAUUCUGUGCGGUUACGGCAAACGACUCUGUACAAUAUUAAGAGACACUAAUUAUUAUUCCUACAAAAAUGGGAAAGAACGACAAAUUUCUGUUUAUUCAUGA